UGUGCCAACGACUUUGUAUUCGGCUUGUAUCUCAAAUUCGCGCCUCUCCCGUGUCUCGCACAGCAAUUCACGUCCAAGUACCGCAACACGAUCAACAAGGCCGUCGACUACCUGGUGCGCAACAUCGGCGGCGUGGAGGACGAGUACGCCAUCGCCGUGACGACGUACGCGCUGCACCUGGCGCUGCACCCGACCAAGGACGUGGCCUUCAACCUGCUCGAGUCCAAGGCGCACUCGGACGGCGACCGCAAGUGGUGGAACCAGACGCUGCCCGCAUCCGAGCUGCGCAACCCCUGGCACACGCGGCCCAACUCGCUCGCCGUCGAAAUGACGGCGUACGCCCUGCUCACGUACCUGCAGCGCGGGCUCGUCGCCGACGCCAUGCCCAUCCUGCACUGGCUGCUGGCGCAGCGCAACGCCCACGGCGGCUUCGUCUCCACGCAGGACACGGUGCUCGGCAUGCAGGCGCUGUCGGAGCUGCUGCAGCGCACCGCCUCGCCGCCCUCCAACGUGGUGGUGACCUUCUCGUACCGCGCCGGCGGCGGCCAGACGUCCAGCAUCAGCAUCAACCGGGUCAACUCCAUGAUCCUGCAGAAGCAAGAGGUGCCGCGCGGGGUCCGCGAGGUGCAGAUCAGCGCCACGGGUAGCGGCCUGGCCCUGGUGCAGGUGUCGUACAGCUACAACGUGAACGUGACCGGCGCCUGGCCGCUCUUCACCCUCGACCCGCAGGUGGACAAGAACUCCGACAGCAACCACCUGCAGCUGUCCAUCUGCUCCGGGUUCGUGCCCAACCAGGUCGCCAACGCGAGCAACAUGGCCGUGAUGGAGGUGUCCCUGCCGUCGGGCUUCACGGUGGACCGGGACGCGCUGCCCAGCCUCGAGCAGUCGCAGCACGUCCGGCGCGUGGAGACCCGGGACCAGGACACCGUGGUCGUGCUGUACUUCGACAAGAUGGUCCGGAGGGAGUACUGCCCGACCGUCUCGGCCUUCCGCACGCACAAAGUGGCGCGACAGCACGCGGUGCCCGUCGUGCUCUACGACUACUACGACCAAUCUCGCCGAGCGCGCGCCUUCUACGAGCCCCGCAAGGCCACGCUGUGCGACAUCUGCGACGACUGCCCGUCCACGUGCGCCGUCGGGCCUCGCACGGGCGAGAGGCUCACCGACGACGGCUCGGCCUCGGAGCCGGGCGCCGCGGCCGCGCUGACGGCGUCCUGGGGGGCGCUCCUCGCCGCCAGCCUCGCCGUCCUGGCCUGGCUGCUCUAGCCUCGAGCGUGGAAAGUCAUGUUGACACGUCAACGGAUGGGAAGUGUUUUGCGUGGAGUGCAGCUAGAGUAAAGUCUGUGACUAUUUGUAUAUAGGUGGGUGGGAAGGAGUCUCGUGUAAAUGCGUGAAUGCGUGAGUGCUUAAUGUGUGAGAGAGGUAGAGUGAGAGAGAGGAAGAUGUUGUGAUGAAAUUCCCUGGUAGCGCCGAUUUGGUGAUGCGCAUUAAAACGCUCUAGAAAGGGGACACAUGUUAAACGCAUUUCAUAUGCAAUGCGUAUAAAAUGUGUUACUUUUAUGAAAAUUGACGUGCGCAUUGCAUUUAAUGCGCAUGAAGUGCAUUUGUGCAACUAGAGAUGAAGGAGCUAAUAAUUAAUUGUGUAUUCUGGUCAUUAACAUACUUUAAGAAGAUGCUGAAGGUAGAAUGAGUAUAUACCUCGCCUUUUGUUCCCUGCAGUAGAUAACUUUCAAUUAUUUUAAACCACGACUGAGAUAGGGAAUGGAUUCAGGGGUUAAAAGUAUUAGCACCACCCUAGUUUCUAAUUUAAGACGUCAUGAUUAACGUAAUGUACCUAAUUAAAUAACAUUUAAGACAUGUUCAACUUAACAGGAACUGCGAGUACUGAACACGUAUCAUUGUUACUGCUGUUAAUUUAUUCACUAUAUGUAUAACAAAUCUAUUGGAAAUUGUUAGAGUUUUUACAUAAACUGCAUUGAGAUUGAGCCGGCACACAGAGCGGAAGGUGUGUAUGCUUGGCUCCGUCGUAGGAUACUAUUGAAAGCAGGCUGUGAUUUCAUUUCCAAUUCGUAGCAGUCAGAAACAAAAUAAAACCGAAAUAAAACA